AUGUCGGAGAUCCAUCGGCAGAAAGCUUCCAAGGCCACCGCGAGCGCGAGCCUCAAGCUCUUCGGCUUCCCCGUCGUCGAUUCCAACGAUGUUCAUGCUGUCGACGUCUCCGCUUCCUCCGUCGGCGGCGACCGGCGGAGGUACGAGUGCCAGUACUGCCGCCGCGACUUCGCCAACUCGCAGGCGCUGGGCGGCCACCAGAACGCCCACAAGAGGGAGCGCCAGCGGCUGAAGCGCGCCGCCCAGCUCCACCGCUCGCCGCCGGCCGUUGCUUUCUACCAACAUCGGACUGCCCCCGCCUUCGCGCCGCCGCUCCUCCUCCCACCUCCGCCUCGGCCGCCGCCGCAGCCGAGCUGGUUCUACUACCCAGUCGCCUUCGCGGCGCCGCACCAGGUGCACGCGUCGAGCCCCUGCCUCGUCCCAAGACUGCGCCUUCCCGCUGACUACUCGUGGACCGGCGACUUCCACCGCGGCGGAGCCGCGGACCGGGCCGGCGAGCGAGUUCCAGAAGCAAACGAGUUGGAUCUCCAACUCAGCCUCGCCCCCUCGAGUUCGUGA